UCCAAGAGAAUAUGUGGAGGACUUUCCUCCUCCGAGAUACUUCACAGUUCCUUGCGAAGAAAGCGGAAUCACACCAAAUUAACUGAAGCAUGACUCUUGUUUUCUCCUCCGCUCGAUUUUCUGCUCUACCUCGAUCCUUUUCCACAGGACACAAAUUCUCCUACUCUUACCCUGAAAAUCACAGGAAGUUCCACCAAAAUGGGUGGCGUUCGAUUACAAACUCACUGGUGUCUGAGAACUUCCCGAAGGUGGGUGCUCGAUCGACGGGGCCCAUUGCAGCUGGUGACCUCAUUCAAGUGGUUACAACUGCUGCUCAGACCGGUGCUCAGGUUGUGAUGGAUGCUGUUAAUAAGCCACGGAAUAUUACAUACAAGGGAUUAACUGACUUGGUGACUGAGACAGAUAAAAUGAGUGAAUCUGCCAUAUUAGAAGUGGUGAAAAAGAAUUUUAAAGAUCAUCUUAUUCUUGGGGAAGAAGGAGGAAUUAUAGGAGACGCUGCGUCUGAUUAUCUCUGGUGCAUUGAUCCUUUAGAUGGGACUACAAACUUCGCACAUGGCUAUCCAAGCUUUGCUGUUUCUGUUGGUGUUCUAUAUCGAGGGAAUCCUGCUGCUGCUAGUGUGGUUGAGUUUGUUGGAGGUCCCAUGUGCUGGAAUACCCGCAUUUUCUCUGCAACUGCUGGUGGUGGAGCAUUCUGCAACGGCCAAAGGAUCCAAGUGAGUGCAACUAAUCAGGUGGAACGAUCUCUUCUAGUGACGGGUUUUGGGUAUGAUCAUGAUGAGGCAUGGGCUACUAACAUAGACUUAUUCAAAGAAUUUACUGAUGUCAGCAGGGGUGUAAGACGGCUUGGUGCAGCUGCUGUAGACAUGUGUCAUGUAGCUUUGGGAAUUGUAGAAGCUUACUGGGAAUAUCGUCUAAAGCCAUGGGAUAUGGCUGCUGGUGUUUUGAUGGUGGAGGAAGCAGGAGGCACAGUUUCUCGGAUGGAUGGAGGAAAUUUUUGUGUUUUUGAUAGAUCUGUAUUGGUUUCAAAUGGUCUGCUCCAUGCAAAGCUUCUGGAAAGAAUUGGACCUGCAACGGAGAAAUUAAAAGGCAAGGGAAUUGAUUUCUCAUUGUGGUAUAAACCUGAGGACUACAGGGCAGACGUUUAAGGAGACAUUUAAGGCGCCAGGAAUUGCUUUUGCUGUGGACUCUGCUAUAGACUAACAGCAAGCGGAUGGUAUUGUUCAUUUUUUUUUGUAAUCCGUACAAAUCUUACAAUCAAGUGUUAUAGAUUGCAUUUGUAAAAACUAUUCUUGAUUACAUUAGUUUGGAUAUGGCUCAUCUUAAGUGAGAUUAUCCCUAAGUGACGAGAAAAGUUAUAUGAUCUACCAUUGAUUUAGUUUGAAGUACAUCAUAAUAUCAACCCUUUAAAAUUCAAUGGUGGAUACAUCCUUA